AACCAGCAGUGGCUGCACCAUGAGUGUCUCUGCUCUGAGCCCCACCAGGUUCCUGGGCAGCGUCUCUGGCUUCCUCCAAGUGGUCUCCGUGCUUGGCCUGCUCCUGCUGCUGUUCAAAGCUGUCCAGUUCUACCUGCACAGGCAAUGGCUACUCAAGGCUUUCCAGCAGUUCCCAUGCCCACCCUUUCACUGGUUCUUUGGGCACAAGCAGUUCCUAAACGACCAGGAACUAAAGACCCUUGUGGCAUGCAUGGAGGACUUCCCAAGUGCCUUUCCUCGCUGGUUCUGGGGAAGCAAAGCUUACUUUACUGUCUAUGACCCAGACUAUAUGAAGGUGAUUCUGGGACGAUCAGAUCCAAAGGCUAAUGGUGCCUACAGACUGCUGGCUCCUUGGAUUGGGUAUGGUUUGCUCUUACUGAAUGGACAGCCGUGGUUCCAGCACCGGCGGAUGCUAACCCCAGCCUUCCACUACGACAUUCUGAAACCCUAUGUGAAAACUAUGGCCGACUCCAUCCGACUGAUGCUGGACAAGUGGGAACAGCUGGCUGGUCAGGACUCCUCUAUAGAGAUCUUUCAACACAUUUCCUUGAUGACCCUAGACACCGUCAUGAAGUGUGCCUUCAGCCACAAGGGCAGUGUCCAGGUAGACAGAAAUUACAAGACCUACAUCCAGGCCAUUGGGGACCUGAACAACCUAUUUCAUUCCCGUGUGAGGAAUCUCUUCCAUCAAAAUGAUACCAUCUACAAUCUGUCCUCCAAUGGCCGCUUGGCCAAUCGUGCUUGUCAACUGGCCCAUGAUCACACAGAUGGCGUGAUCAAGCUGAGGAAGGACCAGCUGCAGGAUGAGGGAGAGCUGGAGAAGGUCAAGAAGAAGAGACGUUUGGAUUUUCUGGAUAUCCUCCUGUUUGCCAGAAUGGAGAAUGGGGACAGCUUGUCCGACAAGGACCUACGUGCUGAGGUGGACACAUUCAUGUUCGAGGGCCAUGACACCACAGCCAGUGGAGUCAGCUGGAUCUUCUAUGCUCUGGCCACCCACCCUGAACAUCAACAGAGAUGCAGAGAGGAAGUUCAGAGCCUCCUGGGGGAUGGAUCCUCCAUCACCUGGGACCACCUGGACAAGAUACCCUACACCACCAUGUGCAUCAAGGAGGCCCUAAGGCUCUACCCACCUGUCCCAGGCAUUGUCAGAGAUCUCAGCACACCUGUCACCUUCCCUGAUGGACGCUCUUUACCCAAAGGUAUCUCAGUCACACUCUCCAUUUAUGCUCUACACCACAACCCAAAGGUGUGGCCAAACCCAGAGGUGUUUGACCCUUCCAGGUUUGCACCCGAUUCUCCCCGACACAGCCAUUCAUUCCUGCCCUUCUCGGGAGGAGCAAGGAACUGCAUUGGGAAACAGUUUGCCAUGAAUGAGCUGAAGGUGAUUGUGGCCCUGACCCUGCUCCGCUUUGAGCUGCUGCCAGAUCCCACCAGGGUCCCCACGCCCAUCGCAAGACUUGUGUUGAAAUCCAAGAAUGGGAUCCACCUGCGUCUCAAGAAGCUCCACUAAUUCUGUUCUGGAGCUCAGAAGUCUGAAAUGGGUAUCACUGGCCAGAAGCCAAGUUAUUGCUGCGACCAACCUUCUUCAGAAGAGUGCUCCAGAGAGACCUCCUCCCCUAUCAGUGCAGAUCACCAUUCCUUGGCACUGGAAUGUGACCCUGCUUUAAAGCCAGAAUCCUCUCUCAGCCUCUCUCUCUUCUAAUUUCCUUCUCUUUUACAAAUGCUCUCGUGAUGUCAUCAAGCCCACUAAAAGAAUCCCAGAUAAUUUUCCUA